AUGACAUCUCAGAGAUUUUCCGAAGAUGAACAUAUUCAUCGGGAUUUAGAGUCUUUGAGUGUGUCAAAACGUCUUGUCAGAAGUGUGAGCCAGAAACUAAAAAGAAAGAACAAUAGAAAUGAGGGUGAUGAAGAGGAUGAGAGGUGGGGUGUGUCCCUUCGAUGUCUUACUCUUUACAGCAGAGGUGCAGGUUGCAAAGUAGUUGCUGACACUGGUGAAGAAUAUGGGGAUCCUGGCAGUAGAAGGCGCUCUAGUGCGAGUGAGGAUGGGAAAGGGUACCCUCCAAUAUGUGGAAAUGAAGAAGCAACUGUGGAUUGCUUUUCCUAUGGGAUGAAAGAGAAAUUCUGGAGGAGGAAUAACCGAAGGCUUCUAACAUUUGACGAAGCACAACAAAACAAUAGCAUGAAUUCAUGUCUUCCGGAUGACAUUCUGGAAAUGUGCUUGGUGAGGCUCCCACUGACGAGUCUUGCAAAUGCUCGUCUUGUCUGCAAGAAAUGGAGAAACUUGACUACAACGUCUCGUUUCAUGCAGAUAAGAAGGGAAGGCUUAUUUCAAAGUCCAUGGUUGUUUCUCUUUGGUGUUGUUAAGGAUGGCUGUUGUUCUGGGGAAAUACAUGCAUUGGAUGUUUCACUUGCCCAAUGGCAUAAAAUUGAAUCUCAAAUUCUCCGUGGAAGGUUUCUUUUCUCUGUUGCUAGCAUCUGGGAUGAUGUUUUUAUAGUUGGAGGUUGUUCUAGUUUGACCAACUUCGGAAGGGUGGAUAAAAGCUCAUUCAAGACGCACAAAGGAGUUUUAGUUUUUAGCCCCUUGACUAAAUCUUGGCGUAAAGCUGCAUCCAUGAAGUAUGCCAGAUCAUCACCCAUUUUAGGUAUUUCUGAGGUCAGUAAAGAUUGUUUUAUCAGUAGAAAUCAAGCAAAUCUGUCGGAUAGACGCUUUUACAAGUCAAGGAUUGGUGGUGUAUCAGAUGUUUACGAGGAUCCUCACAGACUUUCAGUCAGACGACAAUCUACACAAUCUCUCGAUGAAAGUGAUAUUUCAUCGUUUUCCAGCAUAAAGCCGUCCAAAUUUGUUGCGCAAAAAACUGAAAAUUCCCGAAUCAAAAAUCGUAGAAAGUUUGUAAUGAUUGCUGUGGGAGGUCUUGGAUCUUGGGAUGAACCAUUAGACUCGGGGGAAAUUUAUGAUUCUGUGUCAAAUAAAUGGACAGAGAUACAGAGACCACCUCUAGAAUUUGGAGUAGCUUGUUCUGGCGUUAUAUUUAAUGGGAUUUUCUACGUUUACUCAGAAAGUGAUAAGGUUGCUGGAUAUGACAUAGAAAGGGGAUAUUGGGUUAGAAUUCAAACCACUCCAUGCCCACCCCGUGUGCACGAGUACUAUCCGAAACUAGUAUUGUGCAAUGAUCAGUUGUUCAUGCUUUCUGUCUCCUGGUGCGAGGGAGAUGGCCAAAUUGGGAGGAGAAAUAAAGCAGUAAGGAAAGCUUGGGCGCUCCAUCCCUUGUACCUUACUUGGACAGAAGUGUCUAUACAUCCCGAUGCACCAAUGGACUGGAAUGCUGCUUUUGUUUCUGAUAAAAACCUAAUAUUUGGUGUCGAAAUGUUCAAAAUAUUUGGACAAGUUUUGGACUUUGUGACUAUGUGUGAUGUGUCUGACGCGGGAAUAAAUUGGAAUCACAUAUCGAGGAAUCAUGUGGCACAAGAUCUUGAUGCUUCUUCGUGUAUGACAAAGUCAUUGGCAGUGCUACAUUUGUAA